CGAGACAAGACGAAAACAGUCAAGAUGGCGGCGCCCAGGGCGACCGAGGAAAGCUACGACGAGGAUUACGAUUAUCGCGGCGGCAGAAGAAAGAAACCCUGCAGAGCCUGUUCGGACUUCAAGGCUUGGGCGAAAAGCAAAGGCGGAACGCCUUCCAAGGCAGCGGGCCCAUCACAAGCGGCCGACGCCGGUCCAUCGCCCGAGCGCGAGUGUCCACCCGACCGUUCCGAGCUAGGCCGGUGCACGUGGUCCCUGCUGCACUCGGUGGCCGCCUACUAUCCCAAGAGGCCCAGCGCGGAGCAGCAGCGGGACGCCGAGCAGUUCUUCCGGCUGUUCGCCAGGCUCUACCCGUGCAAGGAAUGCGCACAGGACUUCCGGACAGAGCUCGACUCCAGCCCUCCUCGCGUGACGAGCCGCACGGAGCUUGCGCAGUGGCUCUGCGAGCAGCACAAUGUUGUCAACCGGAAGCUGGGCAAGCCCGAGUUCGACUGUUCACGAGUUGAUGAGAGGUGGCGCCGCGGUUGGGACGACGGAUCGUGCUCCUGAUUGGUCGACGACGGCUAAGCUGACGACGACGAACUCCAGCCCCCUCUCCUUCCAUUCCGAACAUUUGUCGAGGAACUAUGCGCCGGCACAUUCUUUGUUUUUGUGUGUGCAGAUAACGAAGGACCUUCGGGCGCAGCAAAGUGCAGUGACGUCAUUUCCGUUGAGCCAAGCUGCUAUUGCGCUAGUCAUUAUUCAGAGAAUGCUGGAUAUAAACCUCGCUAAAGACGUCUCUGCCUGCAGGUGUAU